UGGCUUGGUGGCAGUGCAUCUGCAAGUCUGCCGCACGAGGCGCCUUCUUCUCUCGUAUUCCUGGCGACCGAGCAGCUUGAACAUCAUGGGCUGGCAAGUGAUCGGGAUGGACUGCCCAUGGGGGCUUAGACCCCGCUCGUACAGUUCUCUCCGAAGUCUCUGGUUUGUUGAGCAUCCCGCCAGACAUAAAGUCAGGAACGUGCCUCCAUGACUUGCCUUGUCCUUCCAGCCUGUCGUGUCGUUCUUGAUAUCCCGCUCCACUGGUGCUAAAUGGCCGACUUCGUUUCAUAGCUAUCUUAGGCAGGACCCAUACUUACCAUACAUCUAACAUCCCUAGAGUCACCGUUGCCGCACUGGUGGCUUGUCACGACACCAUUGAUGGGCCACGACUGACAUGGCUGAGGCUGCCGCUGUCGCAUCAAUUCUUGGUAUCGCGAGCUUUGGCAUUCAACUCACACAAACCCUGUACACUUUUGGCUGUAAUGUAUCAAGUGCCAGAGAAGAGACUAAUUACAUUGCACGUCACGUUGACCUCUACUCUAAUGUCCUGGAUAUCUUAACGGAUCGACUUGAGGACGACGAACCCAUUCUUUCCGGCGCGGCUUUUGAUCUGAUCGACGAGCUACAAUACCAAUCGCAGGAAUUGUUCAAAAAGAUCGAGCACUCGCUCCCGAAUCCCAAGGAUGGCAAAGACGACAUCUCGUUCCUGCAGAAGGUGAAAUGGAACUUCACAAAGUCAAGAGUGGCUCUUCUGGUAGGAGAGCUUGACUACUUACGAAGUACUGUCCACCUCCUAGUCACAAUCAUAUUUACCGGCAGGAGAAUCCGAUCUCGAAGAAAGAGGAAAGCAAGAUCUGACAAGGAAGGCGCCGCAGAUCCUGAUAACGAACUUGGGAAGCAAGGCGUCAAGGCUCAAAAUGCGCUUCUCGCCCAGCAAGAAGCCCAAGAUAAGCUACCAGAGCUCGAAAAAGAAGCAACGAGACAGGAAAGCCUUGGCCGCAACGGCGCCAUCCAACCGUACACUCAGCGUCCUGAUACACGAACAGAUGUCAUUCGAGCGAAGGCCCCAGCCUUACACAAUUUACAACAAUCACUUACGACAUGCGCCGACCCAGCAGAGCGGCAGCGUCUUGUCCUUCAGCAUUCUGCUCGCGUGCUGCGCCAACUGCUGGAGCAGUGGACGACUGUCGGCCUUGAAAGGCCCCUUGGGCGUGAUGAUGAGGCCCAUGCUCGACCAGGGGGUCAACAGCAGCCUACAGCGGAACUAGCUCGCAAUAAAACGACUCCGUCCCCUCCACCAAGAUUCCCUUGCGCCACAAGCUUCCCCGACCACACCAAGGCUCACACUUUCGAGGGGCCGAAGGUCAGUCCCGGAGUGCAUUCGACGCCUGAGUCCGCAGUAUCCUUGCCCGAUCAGUGGAGGGGAAUGUCUACUUGUGCGCCCAAGAUGUUCAAAGAUUGGCUGGCAACUCUGCCGGAAGCUGAUGAAGCUCCACCACCAGAGUGGACGAAGGCGCUGAAUAAGGAUAAUGGUCUGCCCGACUAUUACGGUUCUAAAAGCUCCAACUCUCAAUGGGAGAGUCAUGCCCCUGAGGCCCCAAAUUGGAAUGCAGGAGAACGUUUUGCACAAUUCUUUAGUGAUGGUUUUGAUACUCGUGCAGAAAAUGCUUGCGCACAGUCUUCCGGGGUCGGUGCUUUCGGUACCAACAUUUUGUACUACAGCACAGAAGAUGGAAAGCAGAAGAGAUCAGGAAGACGACACGGCGACAAGUCCACAUCUAAAGAUGGGGACCUUAACAAGGGCUCCCGCAGCCUCCGGCGCCCGCGGACACAGGACAACGCGUGCCGGUCUUGCGAAGGACGUGGUGGUAGAGUAGACAAGGCGAAGAAAUGCCAAGAAUGCGUUGGUUUUGGUUAUUUAUUGGACCAACAUUUCGGGAGCGAUCUGGCUGUCUCAUGUCGAGGCUGUAAUGGUGAAGGCUCCACGAUUCCAGUGAGGUAUCAGUGUCAGGUGUGCAUUGGGACAGGCAUCCUACCUCGGAGCGACUUGUCCGAGCACAAGAGUGGUUUAUAUGGAGAGGUCAAUCGCAAAGAGCGACCAGCUUGAAGGCUAUUCGGGAGGAUCAACUGAAAUGACUUCA